CUGCGGCGGAUGUUGAUGUUUUGCUCAGGACUGUGUGUGUGUUCGGCCAGAAAAUCUCCUUUAUGUGGCGUUUCAUGAAACGCGAAACUUCUGAGUGAUCUCUGAGGAACGCUGAGUCCCUCCCGAGAAGCGGGAGGCCGAGGCGGCCAUGAUGGAGGACUUUGAUGAGAUUUACGAGGAGGAGGAAGAAGAGGAAGAGGAGGAGGACGAAGGCCGGGCGGCGGAGGAGCAGCUGCUUAAAUUCGGGCCGGAACCGGUGCUGGUUCGCGGAGCAGGCCGAGCCACCGUGUUUGGACUCAGCAAUAAAUUUGAGACAGAGUUUCCCUCAGCACUCACAGGGAAGGUGGCGCCGGAGGAGUUUAAAGCCAGUAUAAGUCGAGUGAACGGCUGUCUGAGGAAGACGCUGCCGGUGAACGUGCGCUGGCUGCUGUGUGGCUGUUUGUGCUGCUGCUGCACGCUGGGACUCAGUCUGUGGCCCGUCAUCUGCCUCAGCAAACGCACACGCAGAUCCAUAGAGAAGUUACUGGAGUGGGAGAACAACCACCUUUAUCAUAAGUUGUGUUUGCACUGGCGGCUGAGCAAAAGGAAGUGUGAAACCAACAACAUGAUGGAAUACGUUAUCUUAAUAGAGUUUCUACCCAAGAUUCCCAUCUUCAGGCCGGAUUAGCAGCCGCUCACGCUGUCCUCUGCCUAAGGUGCCUUCCUCUGGUAGUCUCACACUUCCCUCACUCCGGACUAUAAACUCAUCCUAUAUACACUUAAACAUAUAUAAAUACAUAUGCAUAGACAUAUACGCUGCUUCUCCCACAUUCAGUGCUGUUUACACACCUGCGUAACCCCACCCACCUCCCACACACACCUCCCACACACACCUCCCCCCGGAGGACCCUCACCUGGAGCCACCUGAGAACACCAUGGUCCUGCAGCACAAGGCUCUGAGCCACCGGAAGCCAUGUCAUGAAAGCAGAUACAGCAGACGAACGGGUGUUACCAUAGCAACGCUGCAACGACGGAAGAAAAAAACUGUCAUUUUUUUCCCCAGCGCUGAACAAACGGUGUCACUGAGUCAUCAAGAGCGGAGGACGGGGCAUCUGUUUGAUCAGCCAAUCAGAGAACGUGAUCAUGUGACAUCACCACGGUAUUAAUAAUUAGCCUGAGGGUCUUGGGGAUCUUGUUGGUGGUCUAGCUACUGCUAACAAGGGAACGUCACAUAAGCUACGCUAAGCUAGCUGGCUGUGAUCUGACUAUCAUUGCAAAUGACAGAACUUUACAUUAUAUGCUAGUAAUGAAUGAAAAGGAAGUCUUAGCGACAUGGUGUGAUGUUACAUGGUCGUGUUUGUGAUCGGUUUCCGCUCUUCUCGACCCAGAGACGUGCGUUACUCGCUAAACAUCCUAGCCGCUCCAUAACGGAUAACGAUCCGCCAUUUUCCCUUCACAAAUGAACCUGAAAGAGACUAUCACAUACCGGCUGCACUAAACAGGACCGACUUGUCUAGUAAAAAAAAACAGCGUGUGAGACUUCCGGAAGGUUCAGGUCGCAGCCGGAUCCCUUAAUGCAGCACAGAAUGGAUUAUUUCUUUCUUCUUUCUUUCUUUUUUUUUUUUUUUUUAAAAAAAGCUUGUGAGAGCUUUAUUAAGCCCGUAAAAAUCUUCUCAUAGAGGAAGCCGUGUGUGACAAGUACUGAAAACCUUUUGAAACUAGGCCUCUCUGUAGUAUUUUAAUCACUGUUGGUCAUUGCUAGCAUGCUAACAUCAAAUACAAUCCAGUUAGCAGUUUAGUUUCAUGAGUCUCUCAUGUAUAAACUCUUAAAAGUAUGUACGAUUAGUGUAUACUAAAUACUUUUAAGCAUUAGGCCAUAGUGUGAGAUUUGAAACAUAGCCCUCCUUUGAAAACUAGCCACCUGCUAGCUGUUCUUCAUAAAAAAAUUAACACUUUUCUUCAAAGGACAUUUCUUUCAGUUUGAUAAUAUUUAACAAACAAACAGUUUCGGUUGAAUCCGAUGAAGAAAUAGGAAACAUUUUCCCUCAGCUAGCUAACAUUAUGCUAACAAUGCCAGCAGAUGCUAGCUUGAAUGUUGUGUGUCAGUUUGCUGCGUUUCUGUCAUGAACAGUAUAACAUUUCACACAAAAAUGUGUUUUAUGAAUGUGUGAAACAUCAGGAUCGUGACUUUUACUUAGCAAAAUGGCUAACUGUGUCCGUUUUAUAUUGUCAUGAUAGCUACUUGCUAGCCCUUUAAGGUUAUGCUAACAAGUCAUAACAUGCUAGGCUAACUGAUUUGUUUCACUUUUAUUUGAAUUUAAAGUACUAUUGUAGAUAGCAAAAGUGGUCAUUGUUAUUGGCUGUCGCUGAUAAGGUAUCAUACUUCUUCCUGUGAGAAGAGUUUUAGUCAGUAAAGCUCCCACAAGCCUUUUAUUUUUUAAAGUAUUUUUAGCUUCGUUUACCUGCUCAGUUAAAAAGAGCAGCUAAUGUUCAACUUCUUCAGUUUGUGAGUGUGUGUGUGUGUGUGUGUGUGUGUUUUGUAUCUGUGUCUCGUGAGCGAUAUCAGUUAAUGAAAAACAAUCAACAAAACAUUGCUGUGGUUAAAAAACAAAAAAAAACAAAACACCCCUGUUGUAUUUUUAAGUCUUAGUUUAGUUUCUGGUUGUAUUAAAGGAGCAGUUUGGCCAAAAAUUAAAUGUCUACCAUGACACCUUAGACCAAACGGAGUAGUUUAGCUAUGAUGCUAAUUCAGCUAGCAUGUAACGAAAGCCUGUGUUUUUGACCAAACGGCUCCUUUAAUGUUCAAUAUUUAGAACAAAAUAUAAAUUAAUUAAUCACAUAUUGGUGCAUCCCUGAUUUCUGGAUUUUUAUCAUCGAGAUAUUUUACACCGAACACAAGGUUAAGAUCACGUUGUAUUAAAAAAAAAAAAAAAAAAGUGCUACCUUAAAUUGAGCAUAAAAUUUGCCCAGCAGGUUUUAACCAAGUGUGUGUGAGAGUGUGUGUUGUUCAGUAUGUGUUGCCCAUGUCUUUAUGCUCAUCCAUUACUAUUUUUUUGUUGUUGUUGUUUCUUUAUUUCUCUAAAGAAUAUUUAAGUACUGUGUAUGUACAGGAAUAAAGUACAAAUACAUUAACGUGUGUGUGUGUGUGUGUGUGGCUGAGCAGGAAUGCUGAAACGAGUGUAUUGUGACGGCUUACUGUGCGGUGCCAAAACUUUAGAAGAGCUGAAAAGGAGUGAGGAAGGAAGUGUAAGUAGGAGAAGAGAAAAGGUAAUAAGACUGAAUGAACAAGCUGAAGGAAAGAAGAUAAAAAGGGAUGAAGAGGGAAGGAAGAGGUCAAAUGAAGCCGGAAGAGAGAAUAAAACAGACAAGAUAUGAAGAAAAGACUGAAAAAUAAAUGAAGAAAGGAAGAGAAUUGUCGUGCUGUGAGGAGCGGAGAGAAAACACGAGCGAUGAAACGUCUUUCGUUACAGUCGCAGUCCAGCCGUGAUUCAUUAUUCAGAAGAACCUGAAGACCACAGAGUUCUUUCAGUGACGUCUUCUGGGACAUCAGGUAGGGUGUGUGUGUGGGGGGGUACAAUCAUUCUGGAGAAGGCACAUUGACUUUCACUGGUUUAGAUUUCACCACAACUCUUUCAGUGAUUCAUUUUCAUUUUUAAAAAUGAAUCCUCAAGUGAUGCGCUUACUUUGUAAAUGACUUGCAGUGUUUCACUUACAUUUGUAAAUGACUCCUCCAGGGCUUCAUGUAG